AUGCAAAUCUUCUUGGUCUUCAUUUUAUUGAAUGUCCUUCCAACGUUCUCAAUUGAAAGCAGUUCCGAAUAUUUAAAUAGUCGAAAAUAUCUACUAAAUCGAAACAAAAGAGCUGAUGGAGCAAUGAAUCAAAUAUUAGAAAAACAUUUACCACUUGGACGAGUUUUCAAUGCACUCUACUUACAAAUGGAACUGAAUGACAAGAAAAUCGAUGGAUCGGAUGUGGUGGCAGGUGUAUUGAAUUUGAAGAAUAAGGCGUCUCUUGAGAAGUUAGUUUCAUUGAAAGUUGACGGAGUUGCGGAUGAGUUGAAAACAGUUGAACAAGCAGUUCAAGCUGUUCCGGAUGGAAUCAAACAGAUUGCUGAUGUGGAUACGAUUGCUGAUAAAUUCAAACUUGUUUCGGAAAUAAACGAAACUAUGAGGCAAGAAUUAGUUGCUGCCAAAAACAUUGAGAAUAUCCCUUCCUUUAUUAACAAUGGAGAUACUCUGGGUACAAUAUCAAGUCUGUCCGAAAACCUAGCAGAAAAAGUUCUGACCAUAAUAAACAGUAUUAAAUCGUACACUGAUGUUCGAAAACUAACUCAACCUAUCGACAACUGCAAAAUCGCUUUGAGUCAGUUACCAAAGGAAUUGAAUAAUCUUGUGAACGAAACUGUGAAGUCCUUGAACAUUUUGCUGAAUGGUGUAGAAGUAGGAAGUAAGAUUUCCGGAAGAACAGAAGACUUCAAAAAUCUCAUCGACCUUCUAUCUAAAGCAGAGCUAGAAAAGAGAAAGAUUGCAUCAUUGAAAAACAUUCAGUCAGUUCAAACAGUCAAAUUUCUGAAUGCGACAAGUCUUAGUUUGAAAGAGGCUCUUCAUAUCUCGAAUCAAAUACCGAUCGCUUCCGCAUUCGUGUCAGGAAGUAACUUGUCCGAAGUGAAUCUGGAUUUACAAAACAAAUGGCUCAAGAGUCUACUGAAUAAACAUGGUGAUCUGGAGAAGCUUAGCCAUUUUGGAACCAUUAACGAAUUGAGCAACGGAAUCGACGGAAUACGUAACUUUGGGAAACAGGUUUUCACCCUUGAUCAUCUUGAUGAUUUUGGGUACUUCAUAGACUAUAUGGCAAAAAUUGAAAAAUAUGUAGCAGACUUCCAACCACUUGAGAUCGAAAGCUUUGAACAUUGUCUGGAUUACUCACGCCUCAAAAGACCUGACGUUUCAAAUGAAAUGAAGGAUUUGGCGGCUAAACUGGAUGCGUUUUACAAUGUCAUUCCACAUAUUCAAAGUGAGGUUAACAAAGUUAAUGAUAUAAGUUUGCUUAUUGGUGAGAUAAGGAAGCACACGCCAGACUCAUCACUCAUUGACCGCGAUAACUUUAACGAAUGGAAAAAUGGAGAGGGGUUCAGCGAUAUGAAAAAGUUUUUCGAGGAAUUGAAGAAAACCUUCGAACCAUUGAAACAGAAUCAAUCAUUUAUAGAUGAUGUCAAGACUCUAUCAAACGUUGGACCAAAAAUCAAAAAAGUUCAAGAUUGGAUUUCAAAUAUAACAUUGGCUGAAAAAGGAUGUGAUAUAGUUUAUCAUUUGAAUGUUGAAAAACUCCGCAAUAUGAAUAAUGCUCCAAGUACUAUUUACAGUAUCAGAUCUGGAGGAAACAUCAAAAAAGUUCAAGAUUUUAUUGAAAACUUUCCGAAACUAAAAACCAACUUGGAAAAAUUCAAGACGGCGAUGGCUCGAAGCAAUAAAGAACCUUCAGGAGGCGUGGGUCCAACUGCACAACCUCCAAAGGGCAAAACGAAAAGAGAAACGAAAAGUAUCAAAGAUCUCAAGUUGGAGAGACAAAGUCUUUUGGAGGUGGCAUAUGCAACUAGGUCUCUAGAACAAAUGAAACGAAUUGAGGAGAAGAGUUCUGACUUCCAAACUGUCUUUUUAAAGGGAGAAGAUGCUGUCAAAGCAAUUCCAUAUGUCAAAGACGCGGAGAAGAAGAGCAAGUUGGAGGCUGUCUGGAAAGAUUUUCCGAAUUUCAAGAAGGAUUUGGAGAGCUUCAAAACUAGUAACAGCAAGGCGGUUGCUUCUUUGAAAUACGUGCCGGAGAAGAAUCUCAAAGAUGUUGGAAAUGUUUAUAUGAAUAUCACUGUGUUCAAGUUUUCAAGACAAGCGGAGCUUCGUGGAAUGAGAGAAACUAUGAGAUACUUUGAUAAUCCAAUACCAAGUCUCAUAGAUGCACUGGCAAGUAUUGAAGAGUUGCUCGCAAUGGAUUGGGGGUUGGUUCACACGAAUUUCCAGAAAGUUCCAAACUCUCUGAUCGGUCUUCAAAAUGAUUUUCUUGAAUUUUUCCGUGUUGAGAAGAAAGUGGAACCAAAUACGAAAGAGAAAGCUCCAGGAGGAUUAAACCUCUUCUUGCUUAUCGGAGUUGGAUUUGGCGUUCUGGUUCUUAUUGCAAUUAUUGUGUUAGUCAUUCUUUAUUGUGUCUUCGUUCACGAUAGCGAUUUGAAAAAGAGUCCUCCCGUUGAGCCAGACUAUUCGCCCCCAGAGGAAAAGUUUUUCGAAUUCACGUACAUGCAAGUACAGGAUGCUCGUCUUGAAAUGAAUAAAAGAGACAAAAAGUAUAUUGGCAAUACUCCGUUAUUCAAUGCCGUUAUCAGAGAUGAUUGGCCGGCAGCUGAGAAAAUGAUCAAACAAGGUGUUGUACUUGAUGCGACCUGUGCCGGUCCGUUGUGUCGUACUGUACUUUUCGAGGCGGUCUUGAAACAGAAACAGUCAUUCUGCAAGAAACUGUUGAAAGCAGCGGCUGAUCAGACGAUUUGCGAUGCGACUGGAGACGAUCCGGACACUUGGACAGAUCGAUUUAAUAUGACAGACUUGUUCCAGUACUUCUACGAUGAAAGAAAGUUGAAAGCACCACCAAGAAUAGUUCCAUCGGUUAAGAGAUACUGGAAAGUUUUGGUGUUGGAUAAGAGUUGCUUCAAGUUUUAUAAAAAGAAGAAACUUCCGAAAAGAAUAAAGAACCAUAUUACUUGGGGAUAUAAUGAAGAUAUGGAUUUGGACUCGUUCAGUCAUAUUGUUCUGCCAAAUGAAUACGUGAAGAAAGAUGUGACUCUAUUGCUGGAUGAAAAGGAUUUUUUGACGUUUCAGUUGCUGGGAUGCUGGGCCAACUUGAUGAGUGUCAAAUGGUUAAACGCUCUGGCUAACAAAGAGAUCCACGAGAAAGCAAUGAAUCGUGAUUUCGAAUACUAUGUCAUGCACACAGAAUACAGGGGAAACCAUCACGAGAGAACAGUUUUCAAACAGAAAACAAGUAUUCAUAAACUGCAACCAAGAUUAUUGAUGAAUGUGGCCGUUACCCUUUUGCCGACUAAACUUCCUUACUGGAAAGACCAAACCAAAGAACUCAAAGCACUCGUUGAACAGUUUGGUGGUGAACUUCCAAAUGAAGUAAUCAUGGAUGAUGAUGAUAAUUGUCCUCUGCCAUAUUAUUCAAUGGAUAUCGAUAAUCUCAGUUCACAGAACCGAUGCUGGGUUCUCAAGUUUGAGGAUAGCAAGGGGGUGAACCCCGAGUGGAAGAAAUGGCCAGACAGAUGCACUGUAUCCGACAUCCAACUGUUAUUCGAAUGUAUCGCUCGUUGGAAGGUUCUUGAACAUUCUAAUUCUAUUGUGGUGCCUGAAGAAAUUGCACCGGAACCAGAAAUCGUUCCUGGUACAGACGGUAAAUCGAAAAUGGUCAAUACGCAAAAGCCAGCUAGUAAGACGGCUGGAAAGUCACAGUUUAAGAACCUUAAGGAGAGAAAGUCGAAGAUGGUGAAGAAAAUAGAAAAGAGAUCAUGA